UGGGUAUGCUGUCAUGCACCAUAUCUCUCCUGUUUGACACCAAAUAACAAAGAUGUUUUAAAUCCUGUCCUUAAUUUGUGUAUGGUAGGACCAAAAAUAAAGAUUUUGGACAAAUUAAGAUAAUGGUGAACUAAAAUAUAGGGUGGAGAUGAGUUGGCGGUAUGGCGUUGGAGGCUAGUUCCAAGUAUGGACAUAAUACCUCAGAGUCCGUACGAGCGACUGGCGCCACUGAGGAACGACUACAACAAGCGACUUAGGACAUUUGAUCAUCGAUGGCCACAAGGGGUACCUGUGUUACCACAAGACCUGGCACAAGAUGGGUUUUAUUACACAGGACUAGAAGACAAAGUGCAAUGUACACACUGUGGGGGUAUUCUUAGUGGUUGGUGUGAGGGUGAUGUUGUGGCGUUGGAACAUCGCCAACAUUUUCCAAACUGCCCCUGGGUCAGGCAUGGUCGUCAACUACAGAAUGGGCAUGUGGCAAAUGCUCCGCCUUCUAAUGUUGGAGACCUAUCAGGUUUUAGUGUUGGUCAUACAGUGCCAACAGGGGAAAACUUUAACUUUCGAUACCAACAGACACUUGGUCCUACUGAUGAACCCGGUGUUACUCGGCCUAAAUUUCAUAUCUAUUCUCUGGAGUCGGCAAGAAAAGCUUCUUUCAAAGGAUGGCCUACUCAGAUAACCCAAAGACCUGAAGUUCUUACUAAAGCGGGCUUCUUUUAUCUAGGAGAGGGGGACAAGUGUAAAUGUUUUUACUGCGGGGGCAUCCUGUGGGACUGGGAGCCCGGAGAUGACCCCUGGGUGGAGCACGCCAAGUGGUUCCCUGACUGUCCCUGGGUCAAGCUGGCCAAAGGAGACCAAUUUGUAGAAGAUGUACAGCGGGAAAUGAAUCGAAUGCAGAUCGAUGAUGAAGAAACAAGCCAUGGGCCCAUUGCACAGGAGACAUCUGUGAAGACAGUUGAUGACCCAUCUUCUUCAUCGGCUUCAUCAAAGCCAAGUGAUGCAGGGGCUGGUGCAGCAGGAUCCAGCCAAGCAUCGAUAGCAGCGGGAGCCAGUCACACCUCAACAGCUGAGGAAGGGUCAGAUGAGAAGAAAAGAUUGCAAAAAAUUAUUGAAGAGAAUCGCAACCUGAAGGAACAGAAACUGUGUAAAAUAUGUCUAGAUGAAGAUGUUGGGGUGCUGUUUGAACCUUGUGGUCAUAUUUGCUGUUGUGCCAGCUGUGCUGUUUCCUUACAACAGUGUCCUAUUUGUCGACAACCUAUCUCCAAAUCAGUUAAAGCCUACAUCUCAUGAGCACACCAACUAAAAACGGAAUUUGUCAGUAUUUACUGGAAAAAAAAUGCUCUAUAUGUUAUGUAAUUGCCACCCAUUUAAAUUUGAUUGAGCUUUGCCAGAAAAUAGACAUUUUGGUUAAGAACCUAAUCCGUCCCAUAAAAAUCUAGCCUGGAAAUAUCUAUGCAUUGUAAUGUUGUUUUCCAUUGCUGAUAUUUAGUAUAAUGUCUGGGUUUUUUUAUCACUGUGGUUGGUUGAUGACAAAGUGUGCUGUGAAUGGCUUUUAGGUUUACAUUUGGUUCACCACGCAUGUCCUAUGUUUUUCAAGUUUUGUGCAAGACUUCCAUUUUUCUCACUAAAGAAAACAUUUCUUGAAAAUAUAUUUAAUGUGAGUGUAUAGUAUUUGUAUUAAAGAGGUGUCCAAAAUUAAAGGAAAUGAAAAAGGGUUUUUGGCAGACACAUGUUCAACAUUAGCUAUUGAAACUUGACACGAAAAAAACUUCUUUAUUAUUAUAAUAAUGAUAUAUAUUCCUAAACAUAAAGAUUUGUAAGCAUAGAAGAAUUAUGAAAGAUUUAAAUACUGUCAAUACUGAGCUGGAUUCUAUGCAAUUCAUUUCAGAAAUGUGAUCAAUCAUUGUAAGGUCAUUAUCAUCCUCUAAAAAUGAGCCCCGGGAUCUUACCACCCCUAAACAGUUGAUUUAAACAAUAUGCAACAUUACAGCAGUAAGGCUAUGAUUAUUUAAUCAGGGUUUAGAUCAAGGUAACGGAGAAAACCCAAAAUAAUCUGACUUUUUUAUGGCCUUAAAACUGGUAAAUAAUCAGGCAGAGUUGUGGUGUCUUAUAGUAUCGUUUUAUUGUCACCACUGUAUUGUCUUAUAGUAUCGUUGUAUUGUCACCAUCCAAUCUGAAGAUUUUGAUUCCUGAGGAAUUUUGUCGAUGUUUAUUAUUCAAAUAUUGUUUUUUGCGGUUAAAGGGAGAAUAUAGACUGUAGAAUAGAGUGUUGGGAAACACUGGGAUCUGUUUGUUAUGGGUUUUCUGUUUGUUUUUGUUCUAUUGAUGAUCAUAAUUUCUCACUUGAUACAGCCAUUUGGCAAAAAAACGGAGCAGCUGUUUUGAAGCAUUCUAGCAUUCCUUUUCCGUAGUAAAUUCAAUGGAAAUAAAUUCAAUAGACUUCUUAUUUGAAAAUCAGUUAUUUAAUUGCAAGCUGUAUUUAUCUGAUGAAUAUCUUUCUCUGCAAUGCAGUCCCAACUAGCAUUUUGAAAAAGCACGGUCUUGAUUGUUGAUUCGGUGUGGUUCUGGUUUAAUCGGCAUCCAAAUUAUGUCCAAAAGUAGAUGUAGCUCUAAAAGAUACGAUAUGAUUCCACGGCGAUCUUGUUUAGAAGUAGAAAGAUUUCAGAACGUCUGUAAAGCUAAUUAUCCGCCAUAUUGCUUUGUGUUUUGACGAUGUUGAUACAAUGAGUUAUUGUUUACAACAAAGAUUUUCUACGUCUUUGACCAAGAUUAUCUUGUCAAAAUCCUCAAAGGCCUCACGCAUUCAGUACGACGUCGAUAUGUACGAAAAUACGGUUGUCAAAGUAGAAGCUGAACAAUACUGUAUAAAAAUCUUAGAAAUAAGAGAGAACUUUGGAGGCUCGCUUCGAUGAAGUAGUUUUUGUUUUAGGAAAAUCAUAUUUUAAUAUGCGUUCUGUAUCGGUUACUGUAACGUUGAUUUGCUGUCGGUUGUUCUUCCUGUUAAUGCAUUGCAUUUAAAGAGGUUUAAAUUUUGCAAUCUUUGAAUGUUGAGUUUAGAAAUGGAGUUAAUAUAUUGGUACUAAGUCUUAUUUCGUUUCAAAUGUACUCUUUCGCAAGACAAUUACCAUAUUAAAAGACUCCCUCUGUGACUGUCUGCCCUUUAUCACUUGUCCAGAUCAUAUUUUUUUCCGUUUGGACAAAUUUGGCUCAUGCCUCCCCUACUUAAAAUCCUUUGCUAUAAUAUGUGCGAUGACAUUAAACCAAGUUUUUAGGUCAGAGGAUAAGAUAAUAGCAAACCUUGUCCAGACUCUAAUCGACCUAAUCUGGCUCAUGCUUAACCCAAAUAACGUCUGUUGGUAAAGGAUUUUGCAGUGACCUUGAAUCAAGUUUUGGGGUAAGAUCACGAUCAGUGAGUCACAGUGAGUGCAUAACAAAUCUUCUUGAAUUGCGGAUUUGGACCGUUCUUCAGUUCCUCACACUUAAGAGCUGCUUGUGGUAUAUAGGUGUGCAGAGAAAGUAUGCGUUUACAGUGAUGCUAUUUCAAUAUGAAAAAAAAACGACGUCGAAACGUCAACAUUUUUUUAAGUGGAUCAAAGAACUAAAUAUGGUAUUAGUCAAAUUUGGCCCCCAUAAUUCGCUGUUUUUAAAUUAUUCAGGUACAUUAAUUUGUUGUGCUAUUUUAUGAAAGAGGUUGACAUAAAAUAUAUUUUUUUACCUAUUUAUUUGAUUUAUAUGCACUCACUGGCAGUAUAUGACGUCAGAAAUGACGCAAUUUUUAUAAUUCAAUCAAAAUCAGUCAAACAUUGACAUUUUUCUUAUCUUUUUUCGAAUGGGAAAUAUAGAGCGACUCUUUGAACAAGAACAAACUUUUUGCCACUUAUAAGUAUUGGAAAGAUACAUCUUUGGUGAAAAUAGUUUGUUUGUUCAAGCAGUUGCUCAAUGUUUCCUUAAAGAAAAACUGCUUCAAAACAAGCCGUUUUAUGCUAAAACUGAGAAAACGGCGGGAAAAGGUAAACUUUAUGAUGUCAUAUGUUUAAAUUGUGGGCACUAAAAUCAAAAUGAAAGUUAUGAAAAAACUUCAAAUGUAUAUUUGUUCAAAUAAAACAAAGAAUUACAGUAAAAUGACAAUGUUCAUUUAAGGGGGCCAUUUUAAGCCCAAACCAUAUAGUCCUUUAAUGUGAUUUGUCAAGGUCAGUGCAAGAUCUCUGUGUCAAAUCCAUGUCCGAAUUAUUUGUUUUCCUUCCCUUGCCUCCAUCUGCCACAUAAUAAACCAUCAUGUCUUAAGAUAAAAAAAAAAUGCCCUUUUGAACUUGUUCAAGACUUUUGGGGGAUCAUCGUGAUCUAUGACGGCAUUAACGACAGUCAAAAACUUUUUAAGAUAUUGGGAUAUGACUUUCUCCUAAGAAUUUUAACACACCGCUAAGCGAUUUAUAAAGAAUCAGGACUCCAGAUUGGGACUGCUAAAAAAAGUCAGUUUGAGACCCAUUUUAAAAUCGAUUCUAUGGUUUAAUCCAUAGUAUCAACACACUAGUAUUCUAGAUUUAUUUUACAAUUUACUACAAUGGUAGUUUUCUUUUAAAGGACAGCGAUUUGCUAACUAUGAUACUAGUAAUUAAAAUGAUAUGUUUGUUUUAAGGAAAUUCGUUUUACUUGAAAUGAGUCUUGACUAACACAAUUUCAUUAUCCUUAAGGAUAUGUUGUUAUACGGUUAAAUCAAAACGGCUGCUAAGACUGACAAGCACUGCAGUUUAUAGGUAUCUCCUUUUUUAGUGGUUUUGAUGAAAUAGUUUUGAUUGUCUGCUUAUACAUGUAGUUCAGUAAAGAAUCUGGAAAAUUGUCAGAAUGAAGUUGAACAUUUUUCUUGAAAAAUUCAAAUCCCAUUGUUAACAUGAAUAAUUGUUGUAAUUUGUUAAUUUCUCAGGGUUCAUUUGUUUCUGGAUUUUUUUUAUCCAUGUAUAUAUUUGUAGUGUAUUCCGAUGUUUAAUUUAACUAUGGUUUUAUUAUUAAUAAGUAGUUGAUAUGUUGAAUUAUUAAGUUAGGAAGUACAUAUUCAUUUUCCAUAAUCAUUGAAAUCCAUACACUUUCAUAUCAAAUGCAUUUUUAAUGAUUAAAGUUGAUGUCAACUUACCAAUAGCUUGCGCUCUUCAGAUUAUUGGAGUUCCAGUAGGACUUAAUUGAAAUGACCAAUAUCAUGUUUGCUCUGUUGUAUUGAAAAAGAAAAACUACAUUAUAAGGUUAAUUAAGGAAUCAGGAAUCAUUCUUUUAGUAUUUUUAGGUAUUAGAUACGGUUGGGCAUCAGUAUAUUUAAAAAAGGCCGAAGGGCUUUAUUUCGGGCUUUUUGUUAAAUUUGAUCAGCACGACCCUAUUUGAUAACCUAAUAAUAUUCAAGAAAUUAUUUUUUAUUACAUUUAUUUAUUUAAUGUUCAGCAAUUGUACGAUUUAAUAUUAAAAUAGUCCUGAAAUGUAUUGGACUGUGCAUAACUUUGACUGUAGUGUUAUCAAAGAUAAAGACACUGGGAACGGUAAAUAGUAUGUGUUAAAAACAAAUCCCUACUCUUUUUCUCAGUUCACUUUAGAAUUUACACAUUAAAUUGCAUUUAGCACAUAUCCACAUUUCCGUAGUUAUUUUAUUUGCUAACAAUAAGUUCAUUAUUUUUUCUUCUUAAUUUGCAGUAAGAAAUAUAAAAUCAUUGACCUGAAAAAUCUAUUCUUAUUUCACUAUGCCAUGCUCAUUAUCAUGAACUUUCAAUCAUAGAAAUUUCUUCGUUGUUGUUCUACAUUCAUCGAUGUUAUUUGAUUUUACUUGCGGAUGACAGGCAAUGCAUUGUGUCAAACCAUUAGAAAAAGACUUGAAAUACUAUAAUAUAUCACUAUCAUUAUAGCAGCUCAUCAUUAAAAAACAUAUACAAGACAUUGUACUGCUGCCUAAUGUCUUGGUAUCCAGAUCGAAUAUGUCACGAACACAAUGAAUAACAUGUAUUUUCUUCAAAGAAAUGAACAGGCGAAUGAUAACAAAAAAGUUAUUUCUUGACAAGUUUGGUACAUAUAUUAGAUAUAAAUCUAACAUUUGUAUUUUUGUAUUUUUCAUCAUUUUUAAAAAAUAGCAUUUUGAAUUUGAAUUUGUUGAUGUUCUCUCUUUAUAAUUGUGUUACGUCAUAACUGUGUCGUAAAUAAUCAGUUUGCGGCAGAUGCAAUUAAAAGAACGUGUAUAUAUCAGUUCUAUAUAAAAAUGAUACCUAUUUUAGUCGUCACCUAGUAUAAUUUGUCAGCGAUAAUUGCAGUGAUUUGUCAGAAUAACUUAACACUGGCUCCCCCCCAAUGUUUACCAAAAAAAGUUUUUAAUUUGUUUGUAAAUAUCUGUGUUAUUGUCCUGAUUUUUAUGAUAUUUUUAUCAUCCAUUUUUUUAAAAUCAGAAUUUUUAGAAUUCAUGCUAGAAUGAUAUAUUUUAACACAGGUGCAUGGAUUGUUUUAUAUAGGAACAGGUAUUAUAUAGUUUAUUUUCAUCCUUGAUGCAAUGGCUCAAAUCUUUGAAAUCAAUGGCUCGAUGGCAAUAUAUUAUGCGAAACAUUUAAAUGCAUUUGUAAUUGUAUGUCUGAGACAAGUUUUGUCUUCUUAAGUUUGUCCGUUUAUAUACUUUGUAAGAAAUACAUCUAAAAUUGUUCCUCUGGUGAUUGUACAGUUUUGUUUGGAAAAAAGGUCAACGGAACAAUUUUAAUUACACUAUGUAUAAAUCAGUAGAUUAUUAAAUUCACCGUUGUACAGUUAAAAUGUUCAAAUAGAGCAAUUUCUCCGUGUGUACUUAAAAAUUCAUUUAACUUUCAAGUAUUAAGAAAACAAGCCAUAUGGUCGACUUUCAACGUUAUUCAAUAUUUGUGGUGGUUGCUUAUUGCACUUUUCAUAUAUAUAAGAAAUACAGAGUGUAUCUUUAUGUAUAACCUUUUUAGAAUUUUAAAAUGGCAUGCAAUUUUUAAAUGUUGUUGUAAAGCAAUGUUUUACUAAAGUCACAAAUACAAGAAA